AUGCCCUUCCUCACCGUGCACAGCCGGCAGAUCAGCUGGACUCCACUGCUGGUACUGGGGUACCUCUUUUACCUCCUCCUGGGUGCUAUGGUGUUCCAGCUGCUGGAGAAGCAGGCAGAAACACAUUUUCGGGACCAGUUCCAGCUGGAAAAGCUCAAGUUCCUGCAGAAUUACACGUGCUUGGACAGACAAGCCCUGGAACAGUUUGUACAGGUCCUCAUGGAAGCAUGGGAAAAAGGGGUCAACCCAGAAGGAAACUCUACAAAUCCCAGUAACUGGGACUUCAGCAACUCCUUCUUUUUUGCAGGAACUGUUGUUACCACUAUAGGUUAUGGUAACCUGUCCCCCAGCACAGUGGCAGGGCAGAUCUUCUGUGUGUUUUAUGCCUUAUUUGGAGUGCCCCUCAACCUGGCCUUCCUUAAUCAGCUGGGGAAAGCUCUCAAUGCUCAUCUGCUUACCCUGGAAAGAUGGGUGCAAAAGCCAGGACGUGCCCAGGUAGUUCAAACACUGGCAGUGGCCAUCUUCCUGACCACUGGGACCUUGCUCUUCCUGGUGUUCCCACCAUUAGUCUUCAGUUAUGUGGAAGGCUGGAGCUAUGGAGAAGGCUUUUACUUCACCUUCAUCACCCUGAGCACCAUUGGAUUUGGGGACUAUGUAGUAGGGACGAACCCCAACAAGCACUAUAUCCCCGUGUACAGGAGCCUAACUGCAAUAUGGAUUGUUUUUGGCUUGGCCUGGCUGGCUCUGGUCUUCAACGUGGGAGCUGACUUGAUGGAAAGAUACCUUCAGCUAAAGUGGCACAAGUCUGACUUAAGCUUGGCAGAAGGAGACACCACCAAAUUGGAAGAUGAACCUGAGCAGCCUAGAAUCCAUAUCCCUAGCUGAGUAAGUGGGAUUCAGUUCUUAUGGUCACUCAUUUUCAAAAAAAUCCAGAGUGACUGCCUCCCAGCUUCAAUAAGAAGUCAUUUCACCAAGAAUCUCAAGUGGAAAAAGUCAGGGUAUCAUCCAAGCAUACAAGAGUGGCAUAACGCUCCAGGGAAACACCACUAGCCUGGGCAGGUGGGACUACAGUGGGUCUUUCU